AUGGGUCUUGUCUUGGCCUUGGCGGCGAUGCUCGCCGUGGCAGUCGCCGCCACCAAGCCCACGCACAAGAUCGCGUCGCUGCCCGGCUACGUUGACGACAUCAGCUUUGACCAGUACGCGGGCCACAUCUCGCUGCCGUCGAACGACCAGAAGAUGUUCUACUGGCUCGUCGAGGCCGCCGAAGCCAACGCGUCGACGGCGCCGCUCGUGCUUUGGCUCAACGGCGGCCCCGGCUGCUCGUCGCUCAACGGCUUCUUCACGGAGCUCGGCCCGUUCGUCGUGAAUAGCGACCUCACGCUGACCCGCAACCCGUAUGCGUGGAACCGCAAGGUCAAUGUCCUCUUCUUGGAGUCGCCGUCCGGCGUCGGCUUCAGCACACCCGUGCUCGAGGACGACGACGACUACAACGAUACGGCGACGACAAACCGCGCCCACGAGUUCUUGCGCGAGUUUUACUCUGCGUACCCUGCGUACAUGCACCGGGAUCUGUUCAUCUUUGGCGAAAGCUAUGCCGGGAUAUACAUCCCUCUCCUCGUGCAAAAGCUGCUGUCCGCGCCGCUAGCCGGGGUCACCUUGCGUGGCUUUGGCGUCGGCAACCCGUUUACGGACGCCCGCAUCGACGGCGGCGCCACCUUUGACUACCUCUACAGCCACGGCAUGAUCGCGCUCGAGACGUACAAGGCGAUCCAGACCCAUUGCCCGCCGUCGCUCCUUGCCACGUGCCUUGCGGGCACUGGGUGCACGGACCGCUGCGCGUUGGCACUCGUCGACGGCUUUCUCGGCGCCGACGAAGCUGCAAUGGACCCGUACGAUAUCUACGGCGACGUGUGCCUCCUCACGCAGGCGCGCCUUCUCGCGCCCAAGCAAGUCCGGCCGCUGCACCGCGGCGUCGUCGGUCCGUGUACGGCCAAGUUCAUGACCGCGUACCUCAACCAGGCGUCGGUGCAGGCCGCGAUCCACGCCACGUCGACGCAUGCUCUCGAGUGGGCCAACUGCAACGUGGACGUCAACGCCGCGUACGACCGGACGCUGUCGGCGCUCCCGGCGUACAAGCAGAUCCUCUCGGCCGGCUUGAAGGCGCUCGUGUACAGCGGCGACACGGACGCCGUCGUCAACUUUAUGGGCACGCAGCGCUGGCUCGCAGCCCUCGAGCUGCCGAUCGAAGCCGAGUGGCACGCGUGGUUUGGCCCGGACCAGCAGCUCGCCGGCUACACCGAGCGGUAUACCAACUUGACCUUCUCGACGGUGAAAGGCGCGGGGCACAUGGUCCCCGCGACGCGACCGCUCCACGCGCUCGCGACGCGACCGCUCCACGCGCUCUACCUCUUUGAGUGCUUCCUCUUCGGCGACGACGCUUGCAGAACGUUCUCGUAUCCGCGGGACGACCUCGAAGAGCUCUCGGGUCUGCAGGUUGUGCUCGACCAACCGUCGACGUCGACGUCGUGGCGAUGGCUCGUGCUCGCCGUCGUCAGCGCUGUGGCACUGCUCGGCACGGCAGCGUGCGUGCGCCGUCGGCGCCAGGCGUACGUCCCCCUGCGCACCACCCGCUACUCGGCGCGGCAGCCGUAG